AUGGCGUGUUUCUCCUUUGAUGAAUCAGGGAUGUCAUCGAAAUAUCAUGGUAGUAUCAUACAGUUUUAUGAAGCAGUUUCUAUCCAUUCGGCAUUGGGAACAGUCCACUGUUGCGCUCAGCUUGGCUUCCAAGGAAUUAUGGUGAAGAAAAUCACUGCAGUGUUUGUAGACUUUGUUACUGCAUUGUGCUUGGUAACUGUGUUAAUAGAAGACUCUCAGGCAGUUUGUUGCUAUCCGACUUAUGGUUAUUGUCCGGACUGCAGCUGGGCUUACUUAUUUACUUACUGUGGCAAAGGGAGCUGCAAUAUAUUUGGCUGUGCAUGCCAGGGAGGAUGCGUAGACAGCUGCAACCCAAUAAUUUCGGCUGUAACUACAGGAUGCACAUGUCAAAAUAGAAAAAGAGACCUCCCUGACCCUGCUACCGGCUCUAAUGCAAAAGAUGAUUUUAAAGAGAUUGAUUCAGAAGGCAUUCGUAUCUAAAAUUGAGUUUACGGAACCCGUGGAGAGGAGAGGUGAAGAUGGUGAAGUGCACUUUGAAGCUAAGGAUGAAAACAAGGACGGCAAAAUUGAUGAUGGUGAAUUUGACCCUGAUCUGAAAUGGAAUAUAUUUCGGAUUUCAAAAUUCUAUUUAUUUCAUUUCAUAUUUUAUUUCAUUUUGCCUCCGGUGCCUCGUAUCAUCUUGGUAUUAUCCAUUUUUUGGAUUCAAAUAAUCAGAUUAUAGUAUAUUCGGACAAUUGCCGGAUUUUUUUCCUUUAAUAAA